GGUAUCUUCGUCGGGUUUGUCGAUGGGAUUAUCUAUCGCCGCCAUCUGCCGAUCUGCUCUGGCUGCUGCCGCCGCCCGACUCCCGUAGAUCCCCGCUGCUCGCUCGCUGCCUGCUCGCUGUCUCGUGCCGUCCGGCUUGCUGCAAGACUCCCCUUGGCUUGAUCUCCUGCGGAAUCCGCGCCGCCCUGUGCCAAUCGCUGCAUCCAGCCUCUCAUCGCCGGAACUGCUGCUGCUGACUUCCAAGCUCGACCACCCCCGGCUCCAAGCGUCCCGCACCCGUCCAUCGCCACCAUGGGCUCCUACGACUAUGACUCCACCGGCGCCACCUUCAACUACUUUCUGCUCUCGUUCCUGGCCCUCAUCCUGAUCCCCUGGACGGCCUCGUUCUUGUUUGGUCCGCGCACCCCCGCCAACCAUCUGGGCUCCUGCUCGUGCAUCCCGUGCCAGAAGAAGCGGGCUCUCGUUCGCAAGCAAGAGAAGAAAUCGCACCCGGUCCUGUCGGCCAACACCAUCCUCUUUGUCCUGGCCUGGCUCCUCUUUGGCUAUGUCGCCUACACCCUCUUCACCACCCAGUACGCCGACCAGAAGCGAUGGGAUCCCUAUGAGAUCCUCGGCGUCUCCACCGAUUCCACCAGCUCGGCAAUCAAGAAGGCCUACCGCGACCUCGGCCGUGUCUAUCACCCCGACAAGGCCCCCAUCGGCAAGGAGGACGAGUAUGAGAAGCUCUGGAUUGACAUGACCAAGGCCCACAAAGUACUCACCGAUAAGGAGGCCAGAGAAAUUUUCGACGAAUGGGGCCAUCCCGACGGCAAGCAGGCGUUCUCUGCUGGUAUCGCCCUGCCUCAGUGGCUCGUCAAGGAGGGCAACACCUCCUGGGUCCUCGGUGCCUAUGCCCUCGUCUUCAUGGGUGCUCUCCCGUACUUUGUGUACCAAUGGUGGAACGGCGCCAAGCACAUGACCAAGGACAAGAUUCUCAACGAUACCAUGGCCCGAUACUUCCGCGAGCUCAAGGAGGUCCUUCCGGCCAAGUCCGUUAUCGAGCUGCUCUGCAUUGCCGAAGAGUUCAGCAGUCUGUCCCUGGAUGCCACACCGGCGUACACCCAGCUUGAGGAGAAGGUUCGCCAGACCAUGGCUGCCCACGGCGAUCCCUUCGCAAGAGUCAAGCGCUACAACAACAUUGCCCCCUGGUGCCAACGUGCCAGCGUCCUCCUGAUCGCCUAUCUCUACCACAUCGAGAUCACCGAUGCCGCCCUGCUCAAACAGCAAACCGAGGUUGUCGAGCAGGUCCCGCAUCUCUUGACGGGGCUGCUUCAGCUCUCUGUUGCCCGCAACUGGCUUGCUUCCUCUCUGGCCAUCAUCGAGCUCGGCCAGGGCGUCAUCCAGGCGCAGAUGCCUGCCGAGCCCAACGCCGCCCUGCUGCAGCUGCCGCACCUGGACUCUGAGCAGCUCAAGCACUUCACCACCAAGAAGCGCGACAUUCGUUUCAUCCGCCAGCUGCUCUGUCUCGAGGAGUCCGAGCGCCGUGAUCUCCUCCGUUCCCUCUCCGAUGACCAAUACAAGGAGCUCAUGACCGUCUCCCUCCAGUAUCCCCAGCUGCAGAUCACCAAGGCCGGAUUCAAGGUCGUUGGCGAGGACCGUGUUACCCCUGGAUCGCUUGUGACCCUGUUUGUCGAGCUCAACCUACUUGACCUCGAAGGACUGCAGCUCGAGAAGAAGACUGGCCCGAUCAUCAGCACCGACGUCAGCGAAGAGGACGAGGCCGAGGUCAAGAAGGAGUGGUGGGCCAGCCAGACGUCCCAGGUCGAGAGUGUACACGCCCCUUAUUUCCCCGCGGACAAGAAGCCCGUCUGGUGGGUUAUCAUGGGAGAUGCCAAGCACAACCGCCUUAUCUGCAUGGCCAAGGUUACCGACCUGUCCCUCACCAACCCCGGCAAGGCUCGCCUGCAGUUCCAGGCUCCUCCUCGGGCCGGCUCUAUGACAUUCACCAUCCAAGUCAAGUCGGACUCGUACAUUGGAUGCGAUGGCACCAUCGAGAUCACCCUGCAUGUCUCCGAGGACGCCGAGGAGGAAGAGAUCGAGGACGACAUCUCGGAGCCCGACGAGGACUCGAUCGCCGGUCAGAUGCAGCAGCUCAAGAAGGGCCCGAGCGCCGGCUCCAACAACGCCCCCAAAGAGCCCAAGGGCGAGUUUGACGACUCCUCGGACGAGGAGGAUGACGAGCCGCCCGCGACCAUCAACCACGGCCACGGACACCAGCACGGUCCUGGCUGCUCACACUAGACCAAGGGGCUCCUAGCGAGCUUUUGGAUCUGGCGCGAAGCGUCGGGCAGGCUGAUGGCAAAGAUCGCAAAAGUGCCCAGAGCACUCGUUGCUCCCUCCCGUGUCCCAUCUCCUCCCCUUCCUUACUUUCUCAUCUCUCCCUCUCUCCCUCCCUCCGUUUGUACUCUUCCUCAUCUCCCACUCACACCCGCUGUAAUGAUGACCACUCUGGUGACCGGCAGACUAGAGCAGACACCCUCUGGGAAAUGUAAUUGACCCCCCCAAUCGCAACAGUCUACCGAGUCCCGCACUGCCAUUCGAAGCGGAAGAGUGAUGGCAAGAUGGACGGCGA